GUGGCAGAAAGCGCCGGGGAGGCCAAAGCGCCGCUCGGCUCGGCUGAGGGGCUCUUUGCAAGCAGCGGGAAGCAGAAGCGGGACCCGCGAGUGUCUGCCGGUUCUCCCCUCUUUCUUCCUUUCCCGGCGGAACCUCGUCGCCAAGCCAAGCUCGCCCGGACGGAGGUGGACGGAGGCAAGCCCGCCUGAGCAUCCCCGUUCCUUGGCGGCAUCCCUGCAUCUUCUUGCCCGUCGCUCCGGCUGCCUCGGUGGAUGCCUCUCCUUUUGCAUCCGAAGGGAGUGGCAGGCGCCGGCCCGCCUUCCACGGAGCAACGCCGCCGGCGUCCUUUCUGUUAAAAAGAGAGCCGGGCGCUUUCGGGGCCAUGGCCUAAGUCAGGCCGGGAAAAGGAAAAGGAAGAAGAAAAAAACCCAGCUUUUGGGGGACCGACCGGGUCUCCGUCCGGACUGGCCGGGUGGAAGGAAGGUAGGUCUCUAAAGGUAGAUGAAGGGGCGUAUCACUUAGAUGCUUGAACCUGCGGCACUGGGCAACCAAUCACAGGACCAAAGGAUUCUCAUACCUUGAAGUGCAAACCUGGGCUAAGAUGUUGAAGCCAAGCGGACUUAAAAUUCCUGGGAGGACCGGGAAGCAUGCCAGUCCAGUGGGACGUCCUGGUGGGACAACAGCAACUGCUUCCACAACCAGCAGUGCCACAAAAGAAGGAUCACCUCUCCACAAACAGGGCUCCACGUCUUCCACAGGUGCCUCCGAGAAGCUGCCAGGGUCAAAAAUUGCUGAGGUGGGCGAUGAUUUCCUGGGGGACUUCGUGAUGGGUGAACGUGUUUGGGUGAAUGGAGUGAAGCCAGGCAUAAUCCAGUAUUUGGGAGAGACCCAGUUUGCCCCUGGUCAGUGGGCAGGAGUUGUUCUAGAUGACCCGGUUGGGAAGAAUGAUGGUUCUGUAGGCGGAGUGCGUUAUUUUGAAUGCCAGCCACUCCAGGGGAUCUUCACAAGGCCUUCCAAGUUGACCCGCCAACUCACAACAGAGGGCUCAGGAAGCGAUGCUCAUUCUGUGGAGUCUCUGACAGCUCAGAACUUGUCCUUGCACUCCGGGACUUCCACCCCACCUCUUUCCACUCGCGUCAUUCCUCUGCGGGAGAGUGUUCUCAACAACACCAUGAAGACUGGAAAUGAAUCUGGUUCCAACCUCUCAGACAGCGGAUCGGUGAAAAAAGGGGAUAAAGACUUCAGACUUGGGGACCGUGUCCUUGUUGGUGGAACCAAAACUGGUGUGGUGCGCUAUGUAGGGGAGACGGAUUUCGCCAAAGGGGAAUGGUGUGGUGUGGAGUUGGAUGAACCUCUGGGAAAGAACGACGGAGCUGUUGCUGGAACAAGAUAUUUUCAGUGCCCACCAAAGUUUGGCCUCUUUGCUCCUAUCCAUAAGGUCAUCCGGAUUGGGUUCCCAUCCACCAGCCCAGCCAAAGCGAAGAAAAGUAAGAGGAUGGCCAUGGGGGUCUCAGCCUUGGCUCACAGUCCCAGCAGCUCGUCUAUCAGCUCUGUCAGUUCCGUGGCCUCCUCCGUAGGGGGAAGGCCUAGCCGGAGUGGACUGCUGACCGAGACCUCUUCUCGCUAUGCCCGGAAGAUCUCUGGCACGACAGCCCUUCAGGAAGCAUUGAAGGAGAAGCAGCAGCACAUCGAGCAGCUCCUGGCUGAGCGUGACCUGGAGCGUGCUGAAGUUGCUAAGGCAACCAGCCGCAUAUGUGAGGUGGAGAAGGAGAUUGCCAUCUUGAAAGCUCAGCACGAGCAGUAUAUAACAGAAACUGAGGGAAAUUUGCAAAGAGCACGAGCCUUGCUGGAGGGAGCCCAGAAGGAGAAAGUAGAGCUGCUGAACCAGUUAGAAGAGGAGAAAAGGAAGGUAGAGGAUUUACAGUUCCGAGUUGAAGAAGAAUCCAUUACAAAGGGAGAUUUGGAGACUCAGACGCAGCUGGAGCAUGCUCGAAUACGGGAGCUCGAACAGAGCCUCCUGUUUGAGAAGACCCAGGCAGCAAAGCUUCUCAGAGAAUUGGAGGAGAGCAGGCAGUCCACUAUGCUGAACAAAAGGUUUGUUUUCAAGAUGGAGAAUGCUGGGACUGAAGGAUUAACUACCGUGGCAGAGAAGUCAAGAAUCCUUCAGCUCGAGGAAGAGUUGACCUUAAGGCAAAGUGAGGUUGUGGAGUUGCGGCAAUGUUUAAAGAAUUCCCAUCAGCCAGAAUCUCCAGAUCACAGCCUGGGCCUGCAGACAGAAGCUCUCCGCUUACGUGACCAGCUGUUUUCAGCCAACAAGGAGCACCAGAAAGAGAGUAUCCAACUGAAAGAGAAGUAUGAGAGGACUUUGAAGAAGCACCAGCAGGAGGUUGAAAAGUUGAAAACUGUCAAUGAAAAGUACUCCCAAGAAAUUGUGGACCUCAAACAAAAAGUUCAGCAGGCCACCAAUGAGAACAUGGGCUUAAUGGACAACUGGAAGUCAAAGCUGGAUAUGUUAGCAUCAGACCAUCAGAAAUCAUUGGAGGAUUUCAAGGCUACUUUGAACACAGGCUCUGACAGCCAGCAUAAGGAAAUAGUGGAGCUGAAAGCUGUAGUAGAAAGCGUCAAAUUGGAGCACCACUUAGAGCUGGAGAACCUAAAAGCUAAGCAUAACAUUGAGAUGGCAGUUCAUAUUAAAGAGAAGGAAGGCCUUAAGCUGAAGGUACAAGAAGUCAAGGAGGAAAAGGAAGAAAGCGACAAUAAUUGGAAGAGCCAGUUGGAAACCAAAACAAACCAGCAGCUUAUGGAACUUCAGGACCUGAAGGAUAAAUGUCGAGAUGCUGACCUCAGAGUUCAUGAACUGGAGAAGCUACACAGUGAUUACAAAGACCAGGCACAAGCCAUAGCUUUCUUGAAAGAGCAGAUCUCCUUGGCUGAGAAAAAGAUGUUGGACUAUGAGACCCUGCAGAAAACUGAGGUUCAGAGUAAACAAGAGAUUCAGUGGUUACAGGAGAAAGUUCUUGUGUUAGAGAAUAAAUUGCACUCCAUGGAGCCCCUCCACCCUUCCCAACCCACCAAUAUGAUUGAAACAAAUGACAUUUCAGAAGAAAAGAUCAAAAUGAAACAAGCAACGGAAGAUCUCCAGGACAAAUUGAGUAAGAAGGACAAGGAGGUGUCAUCACUUGUCUCCCAGAUGGAUACUCUAAGGGCCCAAGUAAGUGCACUGGAAAAUAGAUGCAAGAGCUCUGACAAGAAGGCGGAUUCUUUGUUGAAAGAAAAGAAAAGGCUGGAAGCAGAUCUAGAAACAAUGUCAAGAAAAACCCACGAUGCUUCUGGUCAGCUGGUUCUGAUCAGCCAGGAGCUAUUAAAAAAGGAAAGGUCAGUCUUCUCUCCACCCAGAGACAGCAUGACAUAUUUAGAGCAUUAGGAU